AAUCAAUCUUUAGUGAAAACAAAUAAAUUCGAGCUUGAUUCACGUAACAAACAACGAUGUACACCUCGUAAACUCGUGAUUUGCGUAAUUGUUUUACGGAUAAUUGCAAGAUUGCAUUUUUAUUAUUUUCGGGCGCAUGUUUUUCGAACCAAACUUCCAGACUUUGACAGCUGUUGACAACUCACUCAUGUUUUGUGACAAACAGCUGUUUUAUUAAACAGUUUCGAAAUUGAGUUGUUUUUUGGACGUAAAAUAAGAAAUGGAGACGUCAGACAGUGAAUAUUUUGAGAGUGCAGACGAAGAUUUUCAAUCAGACGAUGAAGACACCAAAACUGUGUCAAGUGUUACAAAAACUGAGGAAAAACCUAACACAAAGUGUGUUAAUGACGCAAUAAAAAAGUUAGAACACGUACAAUUAGAGGAUACUCAAGAAAAAAAUAGUUUGAACAACAAUAAAAAGAACGACAAGGGUAAAACUAACAAAGAAAUAGAAGACAACAUUAAUUCCAAUGAGAUUACUGAAGAUCUUGCACAAAUUCAGGCAACAAAAGGUCCCGGAAGUAAACUCAAUAAAGUUGAAGCCUCACAUCCAACAAGUGUUAAAAAGCGCAGUAAAGAAACAGACGUUCCGAAAAAACUAGGUGCUAAGUUGAGUUGUAAAGACAGUGUUGCAAAACCACCCCAAGAAAGUCCAGAGUGUGUUAAAAAUGUUGAUCAAAAACAACCAAAAGAAAGUCCAGAGUGCGUUAAAAGUGCUGAUCAAAAACAACCAAAGAGUGAAACUUCCAACAUAGAAGAAAACCUCUGGGAUGAAUCUGAAAUAGACUGGGGAAAGGAAAAUGAAGACGACUUGUGGGGUAACGAUGAUGAUUGGGAACCCGUGAAUGAACCAACGGUGCCCCCCCAGCGUGAAAAAAUUGAACCCGCUCAAGUAAAAGUGCCUUCUUCCAGCAGUUGGGGCUCAUGGGGCACCUGGGACGUCUCCUCAAUCAUAUCGACAGCAACUCAAAGCGUCUCAACGCUAACGCAAGGAAUUAGCACGGUCCUUGAAACGGGAAUUGGAGUCCCGGACCCGGAAGAACUAGCCAAAAUAAACCAAGCUGAGAAAGAGAAAUUGAAAGAAAUCGUUCCUGACGAGGACACGGACAAUUCUGGUUUUGGGCUGGGUAACUUAGUGAUGGGGGUGUCACAACUCACUAAAUUAGUUGAAACAACUGGUACCAAAGUCAUUUCCGGUGGUUUGGACACGUUGGAGACAAUCGGGAAGAAAACAAUGGAAGUACUGCAAGAGGGUGACCCAGGUUUGAAAAAGAAACGAGCCUUCUUGAAGAUAGAUCAAGACAAACCGGUCCUUUCCCAAUUACUACGCGAAGCGAAGGAGAAAGCUGAGGAAGAAAACAAAAUUCUGGAAGAGAAACAUUUCGCAAAAAAGGCGAAAAAUUACGAAACUUUGUUUGACGACCAUCAGGGUCUUGUACACCUGGAGGCGUUAGAGAUGCUUUCGAAACAGUGUGAUAUUAAGUUACAGACGUUGUUGGAAUCUUACACUGAUGAAGCUUUGACUGAAAUGCAGGAGACGAUGGAUCAGGUGAAGGAGCUUUGCGAGUUGCCUGAUGAAGAAGAGGAUGAACAUGCAAACUGGACCGAGAUCAAAGAAAAAUUAGAGUCAGCUGUUAGUGAAAUCAGUAUCCCUAUUUCGUACAAGAAAUUUGUUGAGACUUGGGAGGAAACUGAGGCGUGGUUGAAUAACUUGAAACUCGAAAUUUGCGACGCCAGAGAGUUACACCAACAAGCUGUUGAAACUUUGGCACAGUUGACUGCAAUAGCAGUGGAACAGUUUCACAAAGCUGGGGAACUGUUACUGGUGAAGGAACAUAGGAGUACGGCUGAUGAGGCGGAUAGUUUAGUCCAGUUGACAACAACUUUAACAUCGCUAAUUGGCGUCGUUGCAGCAAAAUUCUCAGACAAACUGAACACCAAAAGUUCCAGCUCGAAAAACAAAGAAGAAAUAAACAGUCUCAUAACGAAUGUAUUCUUUGAGGCCGCAAAUAGUAGUUCAUACAUUCAGGACGCUUUUCAGCUUUUAAUACCUGUUCUUCAAGUGGGCGCGGUGUAAUCAUAAGUCUCAACAUUAUGUAAAUAACAAGUUGCUAAUUUAUAAAAAAAUAUCUAUUACAAUAAAACUUUAUCAUCUAC